UUAUCAAACGUGAAAAAGGACCAUUUAAAUUUGAUAACAACAAUAACAAACACUCACGUGUUAGGAGAACGUAGAAAUGGCAAUUCUGCGUGCUUUUGCAGACUUGAAGGCAGAGGGUUUGUUUCAAUAGUGUCAUUACAGGUUUGCAAAGUGUGCCUAGUUAGACAGAGCUUUCUCACAACUUAAACUUGACAGCAUCUGUAGCUUCUCCUGUUGUAGGUAACUAACUAGCUAGCUAGCUAGCUAUGGCUAUUGGCCGCGGACAACUUUUCCGCAGUUUCAGAGAGGGUUUGUUGAAGAAUGCCCCGCCAACAGAGGGUCGAGGACCGACAGGCAAAGAGAAUAGCAGACUCUGCGAGAAAAUGACAGGAUUUUCCCCGGGCACUCAAAGUGUGGAACCACAAACACUGCCACAAAAGAAGAAGAGGAAAAAGAAGGCGGCAAAGGCUACUGUACCCUGUCAGCCAGUUGUACCACUGCCAAGGGUACCUACAAAGUCUAUUGGACAUGCUGGCAAGCCAGCUGAGUGCACUCCGAAUCACAUAGAGAGGAUGCCACCGGAGAUCCUUCUGAAGAUCCUGUCGUACCUGGAUGCCCUCUCUCUCUUCUCCAUCGGCUUCAUCAACAAGCGAUUCUAUGAGAUGGCCCACAGCAAUGGAAUGUGGCACAAGAUGUAUUCUGCAGAGUAUGGACACAGUAUGAAGUGGAGGCCCAAGCGUUUGGACGAGGUGCUGGAUAAGCUGAGUACGGUGGUGGUCCAGGAGAGACCAGAGGGCUACUGGAGAAGACUGUACUUCAGGACCAUGGCUGGCUUCAAUGAGACCAAGUGGAGGAAGGAGUUGAAAGACAUCAACCCUUUCACAGGCUUGCCCAGUCAGACUGAAAGAAUCCUCAGGAGCCAGCGUGUGACCUGGGAGAUCACAGUGUCUGACAAGUGGGGGUUGGAGGGGACGUUUGAGCAGAGCCGUGCCUACUUCUCUGACUCGUCCGUGACGGUGUGCUGGAGCAGCGGCCGCUGGCCCUCCUUCCACCAGCUCUCUACCUUACAGCUAGAUGGUGUCAAAAGACAAGCUCUCAGCUCCCCUAACAUCAAUAAGCCUGGCUGGCGGUCUCUGAUGGCUAAGUUUGACAGGGACACCAUCUCUAAGAGUGGCCAGGUCAUCGGUAGAGACCAACUAGUCACCCUGGUACUCUUUUCGCCUAGCAUCGUCAUUGGCGUCUGGAGGGGCCGGUGGUCCAUUGCCUUUGUGAUGGCCAGCUUCCACUACCACAGGCUGGUGGAGAGGAGUCUCUUGGGCACCUCGAUGUGCCCCUAUUCCAUACCAGAGAACAAGCCUCCUUUCGACGACGCAGACCCUGACUCCGGCCUCCAUGGCUACACGCUCCGCAUUAUACUACACAACACUGUGACCCAGAUCAUGGCCGGCCACUUCUCUCAACUCUACUGUAGCAAAAGUCAGGUCCAUGGUGGUUUCAUCCAGCUGAAUGUCAUCAACAGGGGAAGCCUGUCCCAGCACACCCCUCUCUCUGGCAGGAUCAGCCUGCCCUGGAAGUGUGAGGCUCUAGAGGGCACCGUGGAGAACUGCUGCAUGAUGAGCCUGACCCUGAUGGAUGAGUACCAGAACCCCUUCUGGUGUGUCAGCACACCCGUGUCUAUGGCGCUGAACAAUAAGGAGCCCUCCAAUGACUACGAGGGUCAGCACUUCCUGAUCAAGUACCAGGAUGCAGAAGGCAAGGUGAGGAUGGACCUUGUGUGGCUGGAAGAGCAGAGACAGUACUUCCUGAUCAAUCUGGUAGUCUUCAUCACCACGGCCAAAGUCAACAAGCACUUUGGGAGAGCCUACUGACGCUGCAUGUAGAGGUGGCGCUGUACUACAAGCCUCUAUCCUAAGGCCUUCAUAAUGAUGACAAAGUGGUGACAUAAACAGUCAUGACAGCUGACAACUGUUUAUGACACCUGUUAUGUUGUUAUUAUGCGGUAUAAUGUAGGCCUUAUGAUAGAAGCUUGAAGUAAAGUGUUGAGCCUGUAUACACUAUGUCAAUUGAUGAUGUAGUUUAGUUGUGUUUUGUUCUGAGUAAGUUUGAAGUAGUUCAAGUUUGAGGGUUUGCCCCGGCAAGUUUUCAUUAUUUCUGUAUAUUUAUAUAGUUUUAUGCAUUGUUUUGUGAAUCAUUAGUACACAUUGGUAAAAUGUAAUCCUACUUUUUUGAAGUAUGUCUCGCCAUAUUAUAAAGAGCAUACCACGUGUGAAAUGUGUUAACAGAGUUGAACUAUUUUGGUUUUGUAAGCUUUCUGUUACAGAUGGACUAUCUGAUUCUAGAUAAAUAUUCUGAUUUAUAUAUUUCAGUGUUAUUUUUUACUCCGCCAUAGUGCAUUCUUUAAAAGCUAAGUGAAACUGGAGGGAUCAGCCUGUGUUCUACUGUAUUACACUUUACAUUCUCAGGAUGGCAGCAGUGAUCUUUAUCCCCAAUAGCACUAUUUUCAGUCCCAGCAAAACACAAGUGCUCCCUCACAGCCCUGGCCAUGAUUGCUUUUUUUUUUCUAAGCCAAGUGAAGACUUAUUGUGUAUACUGCCUCACUGUUCGAACCUAAUCAGGACAACUGCUGAUGCCAACUGUCUAA